ACUGCUAUCCUCCUCCUUGCCCCUUCCGGCCUGCCCUUGUGCCCAGCCGCAGCCGCACUUCCCCGUUCCUUUCCUUCCUGACAUCUCUAAUCUCGCGCUCUGGCGGGGUGCGAGUCCGAGAGCCUCCCCGAACGCUGAGGAGGGAAUGUGGCGCGCGCGGGAAGGGGCCGGCCGCAGCAUCAGGGCCGGCGCUGUCGUCCACCUCCCUUUCCCUGGCCCCGGGCAUGGAGGCCCCAGAGGCGGCACCGGCUCAGGCUGAGGGCGCGGAGCCGGCGCCCUGGGCGCACCUAGAGGCCCCCGCCCGCCUCCUGCUGCAGGCGCUGCAGGCGGGGCCCGACGGGGCGCGGCGCGGCUUGGGAGUGCUGCGGGCUCUGAGCGGCCGCGGCGGGGAGCCCUUCGGCUGGGACCGCGUCUUCGAGGCGCUGUGCCGGGAGGAGCCCGUCGUGGAGGGCCCGGACUGUCGCCUGGAGCUGAAACCACUGCUGCUGCGAUUGCCCCCGUUAUGCCAGAGGAACCUGAUGUCCCUGCUGAUGGCUGUUUGGCCGUCGCUGCCUGAAAGCAGUCUCCUCCCUGUGCUGCAGAUUGUGCAGCGGGAUCCAAGCCCCGACCCUGAUCCCUGGCUCCGGGCCCUUGGGGAAUUUCUGCGAAGGGAUCUGGGUGUUGGGGUCUCCAUUGAGGGAGCGUCCCCGCUGUCUAAAAGGUGCCAGAGACAGCUCCGAGGCCUGUGUAGGCAGCUGGGCCAAGGGGGCAGGAAGUUGAAGUUGCCCCAGGCUCCAGAUCCUGAAGGGAAAGAAGAGCAGGAGGAGGUUGAGGACUCCCAGCGGCCUGGGAAACGCAGAAAGGAACGGGAGGAGGAGCCUGCCAGUCCUGAGGGGGGGAGGGCCCCCAAAAGGCUCCGGUGUUUGGAAAAGGAAGAAGAAGAAAGUCAUGAGGAAAAGAGACCUGAACAUGAAACUUUGGAAUCCCUGGCCAGUGGAGGAGGUGCAUCAUCCAUUAAGAACCAGCCUGCUUUGGGGCCUAAGCCCAGUGAGGCUGGUCAGAGUCUAGAGGAUGCUAAGUGCCUACCUGAGAGUUUGGAGUUGCCCAGAGCUAUCCAGGAACAAGUUCCCAGGCUGCAGCAGCUGCUCAAGACCCUCGGGAAGGGGUUGGAAGGGCUGGAGGGCACCCCACCAGUUGAGCUGCAGCUUCUCCACGAAUGCAGUCCUGGCCAGGUGGACCUGGUGUGUGCCCAGCUGCAGCUCCCGCAGCUCUCGGACACAGGUCUCCUGCAGCUCUGCACCUGGUUGCUGGCCCUUUCACCAGACCUCAGCCUCAGCAACGCUACUGUGCUGACCAGGAGCCUCUUCCUUGGACGGAUUCUCUCGCUGACUUCCUCAGCCUCCCGCUUGCUCACAACUGCCCUGACCUCCUUCUGUACUAAGUACACCUACGCCGUCUGCAGAGCCCUCCUUGGACCUGUGCUCCAAGCCCCAGGAACAGGUCCAGCUCAAACAGAGUUACUGUGUUGCCUGACAAAGGACGAGGCCCUGGAGCCGGACAUGCAGGCUCUAAUGCUGGGACAGAUCUUGGAGCUGCCCUGGAAGGAAGAGACUUUCUUGGUGUUGCAGUCACUCCUGGAGCGGCAGGUGGAGAUGCCCUCUGAGAAGUUCAGUGUGUUGAUGGAGAAACUCUGUAAAGAGGGGCCAGCAGCCACCACGUCCAUGGCCUAUGCCAAGCUCAUGCUGACAGUGAUAACCAAGUAUCAGGCCAAUAUCAGUGAGCCCCAGAGGCUGGGCCUGGCUGCAGCUCUGGAGCUCAAUACCACUUUCCUGAGGAAGUCCCUGCAGGCCGCCCUGAGACAUCUGGCCCCCUGACCAUCCACCAAGGGACCACCCUCCCGGACCUCCCUCAUCAGAUUCCCGAAGGACACUUCUCUGCCCUGAGCACCUCACCCUGCCCCUUGCCUGGGGGUCAGGGCUGAGCCUGGCCAUCCCAGGGGUCAACUGCCUCCCUGCUCCAGGCUGCAGAGAGGCCAUCUGGGCCUCCCAGCCAGCAGGAAGGGUCUGGGGCUAAGGGGGCUGGGUGAGUUGUAUUACCAAGAGCUGCUGAGCCUGGGCUGCCUCCUUGUCAUUUCUACCUCAGGCUGUGGGGACAGACACUUUAAGAUAGGCAUCAGACUUCCUUGAUGGUCCAGCGGUUAAGACUCCGCACUUCCAUUGCAGGGGACGAGGGUUGGAUUCCUGGUUGGGGGAGUUCCGCAUGCCGUGACAUGUGGCCAAAAUAUAAUAAUAAUAAAUAAAAUAGGAGUUAAGAUAGGCCUCAAUAGGGUCAAAGCAGACCCAGAGUGGACGACAGUGAUGCUCCAGGAGCCCCGGGAGACCUGUAUGCUUAGCACAAAUCUCUUGUGCUCAAGUGUAUGUUAUGAUCCUCUGUGUUGUUUCUGACUUGAAUAAUAAUUUAUCAGUGGUAUUUCAUAAAAA